UUGCCAGUUCUCAUAAAUCCGUACUGACAUUCGACCUAAAAACAUGCGAAGUCGGACUACGGAAAGAGCGUCGCUUUCCUAUGCAUACGAUGGGUUUCAAGAUGAGCAAAUUCUGUGACAUUCCUUCAUCUCUUGCUGAUCGUGAAUGGAUGACUGGAAAAUCCGCCGCACUAGUAUCAUCCUUCCCAAUCGAUCGAUUUGGAUCGCGACUAAGGCUUGCGGCGGUCGAUCAUCGAAUUGAUGAGGCAGACAGUGAGGCUGCCAUCUCCACCGCUGGUGCUGACACUAUGCAGGGGACAGUGUCAGCCCUCCGACGAAGUAUAUCAUGGCUAUCCAGGUGCCGUUCUAAUCUCUCCAGUGAACACCAUCACUAUCGUCCUGUCAGCAUCAUCGAUGUCGAACUCCAGCAACCCCAAGUCGCUCCACCCUCGGGGCCAUGGCUCUGGGACGCCUGUCAAGAAGGCUCCCGUGCGUGGUCCUACGCCUACUCGCCCAGCACCCGCUCUUCCGCGUACUGCUCGUGGCAAGUCGGGCGUUGUUCGCCCUGUACCUCCCGUGGCAACCUUCCCGUCGAGGACCGUCCCAGACCUCCGCCACACACGUCCUUCCGCCACCUAUGCUGCCAAGGUGGCUAGGACUGUCACAACUGGGAACAUCGCACAGCCAGCCUCGAAGAGGCAAGGCCUUAUCGCUGCUUCUAAGCAUGUCCGCACCGCGUCCCUUCCGGUUGCCUCCAAGGCCUCAACGGCAGCGAACAAAUCGACCCGUUCUCCUCGUCCAACUUCACUCCCUGAAGUCGGGAAGGAGAACACAGUCCCCUCGUUCGCCAGACCGACUAGGACAUCUUCCGCACGCGUUCAGCCUGCAGUGGAACGCGCCCCCGUCAAACUGACUCUUCGUCCUUCCCGUCCCCUCCAGUCCCCAACAAAGUCCACACGCCCGCCUUUCAAACGCGUCAGUAACGAUAAGCCACUCCCCGUCACCCCUCCCGCAGCCAGUGCCAGAUCCUUCAGCAUCAGCCGCUCCGGCGAUGAUGCUUCAACCUUGAGCAUCGGGGAAGAGCCAAAACAGGGUGUGUGCUCUUGUUUGAUCCAUAGUUCGCAUUUUGAGGCAACCGCAGCCACUCCCCACAACAAACAAGUGCCCGAUGAAAUUAUUCCUCCCCCUGUACCUGAGAAGGACGGGGUCCCAUUGCACGUCCUUGUCAAGGAGAUGCUCGCCGGAAAGGCGACUGCUGCCAUCCCAUGGCCUCUGUAUGAGAUGCCCACCACUCCACCGACUACGCCGUCAUGCCCAGAGCAUCCCGCCGCAGAAACCUCCCUGCCGGCUGCACUGCCGCCCGCGGAAACAAUCAUCCCAGAAACCAUUCCGUCUCCUGUUUCACCGUCUGUCCAGCCGACAGUCCCAGAAACUAACCAGGAGUCCGACGACGAGAAGGCCGACCCUCCGGCCAUCGUCAUCACCCGUCCUACUUCCGCACCUCUAGAGCAGUUCAUUACCCCCGAUGGGAUCAUUCCUAUCACCACCGAGCUCUCGAAGAACGACCUCCUCAGCCCAGAUUGCGAGCCGAAGGUACUCGCCAGUCGCCGCACCAUCGAUUUCAAACUGCCUUCCGCCGCGGAGCUGCUGAAGAAGCGCUCUGCAGCCAAGGCGAAGAGACUAGAGACAGCUCAGAGACAACGCCCAUCGAAGAAAUUCACAGCACAGUUGGACCUCCUCGAAGAAGAAUACGAGAAUCCCGAAGACACCAGCACCAUGCAGACCAUUGUGCAGCAGGAAGACAGCACAAGCCCGAGCGCCACGAUUCACCAUCCUGAGCAGGUAAUACGUUCAUUCUUCGAAGACGAUGACGAUCUUGCAAAGCCUUCGAAUGACGAUUACGACGGAUUACUCCCCGAACUCAUCGAUGACCUCAUUGGCACAGAUUCUGAGGAAGAACUGACUGCAAUAGACGGUCGUUUUGCCACAUGCUUGGAGAACCUGGACAAUGCCGAUAUUGAUUUCCCCAACCUAUCGAGAGCAAUUAAUACGCGAAUCCUGACUGCAGACAGUGAAGACAACUACUGGUCCAUUGGCCACAGAGAACUGUUGCACGCUCUCGGCAGCCUCUCAGCAUGCGUCCAAGAUAUCGAAGGCGUCCUCAACGACGACAUUACUUGACGCAAAUAUUGGAGACUAUGAACCGGCACUGCAACACCCUUCGCAUGACACCCCUGAACAUCACGCGAAUACUUCAUCAUGCAAU